AUGAAGUACAGAGCCUGGUCGGGUCACCGGCAGUACGUGUGUCUGGACUGCGGUAAGUGUUUUACGCACAGUUCCACUCUCGCAACACAUCAAAGAACCCACACCGGUGAGAAACCAUAUCCAUGUCCCGACUGUGGCAAGUGCUUUACUCGGAGUUCGACUUUGGCUACUCACCAAAGGAUCCAUAGUGGAGAGAGACCCUAUGCAUGUUUAGACUGUGGGAAGAACUUCAUCCAAAGCUCACACCUCGUGCUACACCAGAGGACACACACAGGUCACAAGCCCUAUUCCUGCCAGGAGUGCGGUAAAUGUUUCAGUGACCGGUCCCAUUUCGUCAUUCACCAGAGAACUCAUACCGAGAAAAAGCCUUUUGUGUGCGUGGAGUGUGGGAGGGGAUUCACUCGUAAGCUACAGUUGGUGCUCCACAAACGGAUACACACGGGGGAGCGGCCAUUUGAGUGCCAGCAGUGUGGCAAGCGUUAUACCCGUAAGUCCUACUUGAUUAUCCAUCAGAAGAUCCAUGUGGAGGAGGUUCUUUAUGUAUGCAGUGACUGUGGAGAGCGGUUCCCUGAGCAUGCUGGUCUCAAGAACCACCAAACAUCUCAACAUGGAGCCCAGGUCAAAGUCUGA